UGGUGUCGUUCUCUCGCUCGACUUCUACCGACCGCGAGUAAGAGGAUUCGAGCAUCACCCAGGUGACCGACCCAAGCUACUCGACUACCAUCGAUUUCUAAUAUCAGAACAAUUAUUCAGACCGACCCAUCAAGAUGUUCUUCAACCGCAUCAUUCUCGCGGCCGCGGCUGCAUACUUCGGCAUUGCCAGCGCUGUCGGCGGCGGCGCUGAGUGCCUCAACAAGCGCGGCGCUCUGGAGACGCAGACCUCGACCGUGACCACCACAGCUACGGUCACGUUCACUGUCGGCUGCGCCACCGCGACUCUGAGCUCGGUCAGCACCAGCGCCACCUCGACGACCGUCACCAAUGUCGUCACUCCCUCCACCACCGUUUCCACCACGGAGACCUUGACCCGGGAGUCGACCAUCCCGGGUACCACCUCGGUCACUACCACGGUCCCGUCCAUCCCGAGCGUCGCCAGCUCGUCGACCACCACCACCACCGGCAUCACCCACACCCACACCACCAUCGAAGGUCCCUCGUCGAGCAGCUCGGCCCCGCCGAACAGCACCAGCGUCAGCGGUGCCGGCGCCAAGCAGCCCGGCCUGGUCGGUGGCAUUGUCGUGGGUGGCGCGGUCGCCCUGGCUAUGGCCAUGGCUUGACAAUCUCUUGUUACCCUCUUUAUCCCGGCAAUUCAUUCAAGGACAAUACCGUCCUAGUACCGGGGAAGGGUUUGAGAGUGUAGCUUUGGGGGUUGGGUUGUUUGCUAUCUUUUUUUUCUUUUCAGACGUUUGCUCCUGGACUAGGGUUGGGCAUGUAGACGGACUACAUUCAUUGAUGGGAAAAGUGGGAGGAGGGUCAUUAAUGGGGAGGUUGACCGGGCUGAUGCUGUCAUGGAUGGGGAUUGUAGGGGGAUGAUAAGGAGUAUUUGAUAUUAGCUGAGCUUAAGG